GAAAGCUUCCUCAAACUGUGCAGCCGAACCAACAAGCAGAACCACAGGACCGAUGAAUAAUCACCAUGAGUCCACUGUUGGACUCUCUUGUUUGCUGUUUUGUCUUAGCAGGUGUGCACUGUGUCCAGCAGGUGCAGUGGCUGCCCUGUCAGUUCACUGAUGAACAGGUGACCAGGAACCAGGAGGGACAUUUUGACACUCACCUCAUCCACAGACAGGCUAUGCUUCAGUUUGGUCAAAAAGGAGACGCUCCUCUUAAUCCCCAUACCAUCACUUUCCUGAUAACCGGAUCCAAGCUGGACCUGAGGCGAUAUGUGGACGAGGUGGGAGCAGAGCAGCUGGAGUGUGAGCUGCGUAGAUACAGCACAGAGGGUAUCCAUGUCCACUGGCCCAGUCAGGAGGCCAAGGAGUACAACCGCUGGUUCACCUGCACCCUCAGGCACAAUCAGGGCCGUUUCACGGUCACCGGCUUCCUCAGACAUCCAUCCGACCACGCUCCACCAGGACAGCAGGACUUCCGCAGCUGGUCUGUUAUCACUGACACAGAGAAGCUCACAACAACAGUUGCAAUGGUAAUCAGAACAGAAACUCCAUUAGUGAAAGCCAGCCUGGGAUCUCAGGAAAAGCUCCACUGUCAGUUUAACAUCGACCAUCGAGGAGCGAACGUCACCGUGGAGUGGCACAGGCAGCACCAUGGAGAGAGGAUCAAACUCUUCAGCCACAGCAGUCGCACCAAGCAGACCCAAGGCUCUGGUGUUGGGCUGAAGGCCCUCGCAGGAGGAGAUGCCUCCUUUACUCUCCCCUUCACCAAGAUGAAAAGUGAAGGAACCUACAUUUGUUCUGUGCUUGUGAAUCCACUGUUUGGGAGUAUGGAUGUAAAUGUGCACAUUGAAGAACCUCCCCGUGUCUCUCUGAACGUGGGCCCCAUCUUGUUGCUGCAGGAAGGCAGUGAGCAUAAGGUCAUCUGUGAGGCAGAAAAGUAUUACCCUCUGGAUGUGGCGAUCGUGUGGUAUGAGCAGGACCCGGCAGCGUUGGAUCAGCGUGUUGGCGCUCCUCUUCCCAAAGUUCUGCCCAACAUCCUGCUCUCCAGCCACAAACACAACCAGGACAUGACGUACUCUCUGUCGGCCUUCUUCUACCUUCAGGCUUCAGUCGAAGCAUCUGGGAAGCGGUUUGUAUGCAGCGUUUCCCAUCACUCUCUCAGGAUGCCCAUCAAGAAGAGCUUCAUCCUGAAAGUUGAAGAACCAAGCAGCUGGAUGUUUGUCAUCACUGUCAGCUUCAUAAUUAUCACACUGAUGGCUGUUCUGGUUGUGAUGCUGCUCUACUUGCAUUCAGCAAGGAAACCAUUUUCACAGGCUGACAACCAGCGUGCCCACCAAGCGUUCAUAUCGACACCAUCUUCAUGUCUGAGCUCCAGUCCAACAUCAAAGCUGCCCACACAACUUUUAUUACCCCGCCAUGUUUCCAGUGGUGCAGUGGAUUUUCAGAUUGUGCCAAAGAACAAACCAUCAGAUUCUGUGAUGUGGAUCCGGGAGUUCGAGGCUGCUGUCAGGAACGACGGAGAACAGCCCCCUCCCUCGCUGGAUCUACGUCUGUCCAACUACAGAGAAAUAUGA